UGCUAUUGGCCGACGGACGCGGGGGGCUGGAGGUUUCGCAGCUUCUUUGCUUGGCUGCGAUCUUCAUCCAGGAGCGAUGCGGAGACAAUAGGGCAGCGCAAGGAAGCCUGACAGAGGCAUCGGCUCUCGAGCAAGGUGAAAUUGUGCUAGACUGUGCUUCAAUCAAUAUAAUUAUCUGGAGCCGCAAAGGCAGAUACAUGAGAGGGAAGACCAUAACCGCCUAAUGUCCCUUGUAAAUUGGCUACAUAUUCUGUUUUAAAUGGAGAGACAGUGAGAAGCCCCGUGUUUGUUACGGAUCGAAUGUAACAUCAACCAGCUGAUCAACCUCCUCCACUCCCGGCCUAUCCUUCUGUGAGAAUGAGCUCCUCUCCCCUUGUGUCUCGGGCGUCCAUUGACAUUCUGGAGGAACUGCAGCUCAUUGCAGCCCAGAACCUAGAGAAGCUAGAGGUCAACAAAUACUAUGAGGUCAUCCGAGAGCUGGGCAAGGGCACCUACGGCAAGGUGGACCUGGUUAUCCAUAAAAUCAGGGGCACAAAGAUGGCCCUAAAAUUCUUACGAAAGAAAACCACAAAGCUGAAGAGUUUCCUGAGGGAGUACAGCAUCUCCCUCUACCUCUCCCCCUGCCCCUUCAUCAUCAACAUGUUCGGCAUUGCCUUCGAAACGGACGAGUACUAUGUCUUCGCCCAGGAGUAUGCCCUAGCUGGAGAUCUUUUCGACAUCAUUCCACCACAGGUGGGUCUCCCUGAGACUGUGGCCAAGCGCUGUGUCCACCAGGUGGCUAUAGCCCUGGACUACCUGCACUGCAAGAAGCUGGUGCACCGCGACAUCAAGCCAGAGAACAUCCUCAUUUUCGACAAGGAAUGCCGCAAGGUGAAGCUGUCGGACUUCGGCAUGACGCGCCGGGCGGGCUCGCCGGUGAAGCGGGUGAGCGGCACCAUCCCCUACACAGCCCCGGAGCUGUGCGACGCCUCGAAGCACGAGGGCUUCUGCGUGGACUACAGCACUGACGUCUGGGCCUUCGGGGUGCUGCUCUUCUGCAUGCUGACCGGCAACUUCCCCUGGGAGAAGGCCUUGCCCUCGGACACCUUCUACGAGGAGUUUGUGCGGUGGCAGCGGCGUCGGACGGGCUCCGUCCCCUCGCAGUGGCGCCGAUUCACGGACGAGGCCCUGCGCAUGUUCCGCAAGCUGCUGGCCAUUGAGCAGGAGCGCCGCUGCAGCGUCAAGGAGGUCUUCAGCUACUUCAACCACUGCUGGAUGCUGGACAACGAGAACGGCAACGUCCACCCGGCUGAGCUCAGCUCCUCCUCCUCUGAAGAGGACCUGCUGGUGGACCGCAUGAAGCAGCAGACGCUGUCCCCUGUCUGUGGCGUGGCGAAAGGUGGAAUCAUCGUGGAGCCAGCCUCCCACCACUUCUCCUCCGUCUCCACCAACAGCUCCCUGUCCUCCACUAACAGCUAUGAGCGUGUGCCCCGCGACAAUUCUGCCGGCGGCCGAAUCCUGGUGGCCACGCCCAUUGAGAUCUGUGUGUAGGGGCGCGAGUGCACAGAGGCAGGGGGGUCAUCCCCCUCCGUGGCUUCUCACACGUACAUGUACACGCACACGCUACAGCAGUCCUUCAACCAAUCAGAAACAAAAUGCCCUCGGAAAACGAAAACAACUUCAGGACCAUUCUGUGGGGGAAAACACAGAACGAGAGCAAACGAGGAGACGGGUGCCUCUGAUUGAAGCUGGUUUGGCAUUGGAAUCCAUGUGUGACUGUCCAGAAGAAAGAGGUUGCAUACAAACAUUCCCGAUAGCAACGCUAGCCUUUGGACCAGAAACCCAGCGCUACCACUCUGAAGGAGAGCAAUCAGCCAGUUCCAUGCGUGUCACAAUACCCAUACAUCUCACUGCGUUCAGUCAGAUUACAUGAGAAACAAACCAACAAAGGAAUGAAGAAAAGAAAGAAACCAUGGGAAUGGAAGAAUGAAACAGCAAUCUCAAAAGAAAUAUGACAGUGGUGUCAUUACAGCUAAGAGGUUGACCAAAACUUAUUUCUUAAAGCAAUAUGUUUAACAUUUUCCUGCAAAAAAAAAAGGAAAAGCAGAAUCUGAAAUGAAUUUAACUUUGUAGAAAGUGGAAUCGUGAAAUAUGAUUAGUUGGUGGAGAAAAUUGGUGAAGUUCUGAAGGACAAAUGUGAUAAGACUAUUUGUAUGUAUUUUUGAGGCUGUUUGAAAUACAGCACUUUAAAAAAGAUAACAUUGUAGAAUGUUUCCUGAUGAAAAAAACACAAGAAGUGAACAUCAGUUGUGACGUUUACUGUACAUGCAAUGUGAACUCUGGUACUAAGUGUGUGUGUGGGUGUGCGUGUGUGUGUGUGUGUGUGUGUGCUUGUGUGUAUGUGCAUGUUUGCACAUAUUUGUAUGUCUGUUCUGUGUGUAUGGACUGAACAUUCACUAAGGUAGAGCAACAGUUUUUUUGCCUUGGGUUUAAUUUAUUUAUCUGAAUCCUGAAUUCUCAGAAAUAUAUUUUUUCUAUUGAUUUUGUAAAGUAGCUUUAGAUGUUGGGCGUUUGACUUAUUUUAAUAUCUAGGUUUGCUAAUGCUCUUGUGCCAAAUUUAUUUGGCAUUGUGCAGCCUUUCUGCAAUGUGAGACCUAUCUUCCCUCUUGGCAAUGUGAGUACUCCCCACGGUUUUGGAGAUCUUUGUCAUUAACAAAAGAAUACUUUUAAUUGUUGGAGGCAUUAGCCAUUCUUUAAGAAGGCAUUUGUAACACAGGCCGUUAAUUAUGAGUUGGAAUGGAUGGGAUAAUCACCCGAAUGUUGUCUUCGUUUGACCGCCAGCACAGAUGCCCUGCAUGGCUGGCAUCACAAUGUAAUGGAUGUGCAUGUGUGCUCUCAGAUGCCACUCAUUUCUGCUGAGUGUGGUGAGACAGAGAGGGAGGAAGUGUUGUGUCCACAUGAUCAAACAUGAUUCCACAUGAUAUAUAUAUGUGUGUGUGUGUAUAUAUAUA